GAGGUCGCAGUCUUCAGCGGCGCCGCCGGCCUCGAAGCCCAGGCUCUGGGCGCCAAACGCAUCGAACUCAAUGCCCCAGGCUCGUACGAAGAAGGUGGCCUCACGCCCCCGGUCAAGGAGCUGACCUCGAUUGUCUCGCAGCUUGAAAUCGCCGAAAAGCUGCUGACUGAGGAAGAAAAGCAGAAGCAGAAAGAAGCUGAAGAGGACGCCCUCCAAGACUUCAUCUACACCGACGACGAGAUCCAGCUCAUGCUCCAGGCCAUUGCCGACUUCAAGGCCCUCCGCGUCCUCAACCCCAUCCGCGGCGACGGCUUCGUCUUUGGCAUCCUCCGCCGCCAGACAAAGGCCUCGACCCUCGAAAAGUACCCGGACUUCAAGUACACCAUUGACGAGGAGCGCUGCCGCCUCCUCAUCGACGCCGCCAAGCCCUUCCCCUGCGUCUUCCACCGCGCCUUCGACCCCAUCGCCGCCUCGGAGCGCUGGCCCAAGGGCAUCGACAUCCUCGUCCGCUGCGGCUUCGACGGCGUCCUCACCUCCGGCGGCCACGGCGGCUGCCACCAGAACCGCGACAAGCUCGACGCCAUCUGCCACCGCGCCCACCCGGGCAGCCUGCAGCUCAUCGCCGGCGGCGGCGUCCGCAAGAGCAACACCGCCGCCCUCGUCGCGCAGCUCUCCGUCCACGGCACUAAGAACGUCUGGAUCCACACCGCUGCCAUUAGCAGG